GCCCGCCGGGAGGCGCCUCCCGAGAUUCCGCGCGUCUGGGAGACCAGGGGGCCCGCGGCUCGAAAAGCUGGUGACGCUGCCGCCAUGCCGAUGAAGGGCCGUUUCCCCAUCCGCCGCACUCUGCAGUACUUGAGCCGCGGGGACGUGGUGUUCAAGGACUCGGUGAAGGUCAUGACUGUGAACUACAACACGCACGGGGAGCUGGGCGAAGGCGCCAGGAAAUUUGUGUUUUUCAACAUCCCUCAGAUCCAGUAUAAGAACCCUUGGGUGCAGAUCAUGCUGUUUAAGAACAUGACGCCAUCACCUUUCCUGCGGUUCUAUCUAGAUUCUGGGGAGCAGGUGCUGGUAGAUGUGGAGACCAAGAGUAAUAAAGAGAUCAUGGAGCACAUAAAGAAAAUUUUGGGCAAGAAAGAGGAGACCCUCAGGGAGGAGGAGCUGGAGAAACAGCAGCGAUCUCAUCCAGCCAACUUUGGCCCCCGGAAGUACUGCUUGAGGGAGUGCAUGUGUGAAGUGGAAGGUCAGGUGCCCUGCCCUGGCCUGGUGCCCUUACCCAAGGAGAUGACAGGGAAGUACAAAGCUACUCUGAAAGCCAGCACUUAGGUCUGGGCAAGGUCAUUUGUGAUGGACUGAUGGAACUCUCUGCAAUGGGAAGGCCUGCUUGCACAACCAUUUAAAGGACAUGGGGAGAAGGCCAGAGUUGCCAGCUGCUGAACAGAUGUCAAUAAAAGAUUGUCUUCCUGUA